GCUCACAGAGGCUGCAUUUCCCAGAGCACCUAGCACAUGCCCCCACCCCCUGCUUUAGACUCGGGGGGAAGAGAACAAGGGAGGGGCGGAGUGUGAUCAGCUGCUGGGUGAGCGCUGCGCUGCUGUUUCUCCAUUGUGAUCUGGGAGCCCAGGCAGAGCAAAAGGGUCCGUGCCGGGGAGACCUUCAUUAACUCCUCACCGUCCGGCCUGGCCUGGGCCCUUCUCCCGCUGGAGCCGCCCCGGGCUCUGCCCGCCCCACUGCAGACCUUAAGCCUCCAGGCUACAGAAUAAUGUCCACGUUUCGCUCCAGAUCAUCCCAUUCUCCCAGUGGGAAUGAAAUGGCGGCAAUGGAGCUGGUUCAGGGGUUGGUGACUUUUGAGGAGGUGGCUGUGUAUUUCACCAAGGGGGAAUGGGCUCUGCUGGACCCCACUCAGAGAGCCCUCUACAGGGAUGUCAUGGAGGAGAAUUAUGUGACGGUGGUCUUGCUAGGGUUUCCAAUUUCCAAACCUGAUGUGAUCUCGCAGCUGGAACGAGGGGAAGAGCUGCGGGUCCUGGACAUCCAGGGCUCUGAGAAAGAAGUGCUUCCAAGAGCUGCCUUCACAGGUAGUGACUUAUGUCUAGAUUCUCUCUGUCUCCUAUCAGGUGAGGGGAUGGUGAGUCAGAAUGAGGAGGAGAAACCCCAUCAGGAAGAUACUGAGCAAGUAAAACCACAUGGAACAUUAUCAGGAAGAUCCAAAGGGAAUGUUUCCGGGAGUUGUGCACUCCAAGAAAAAGCAAAUUCUUGUGAGACUCAGGAGAGGCCAGAAGAAAACUUUAGUAGCCACUCAGACCUUACAACAAGAGACAGAAUCAGCUUGGAAGAGACACACUAUAUAUGCCAUGAGUGUGGGAAAAGCUUAAAUUGGAGCUCUAUCCUUAUCACACAUCAGACAAUCUACAUGGGUGAGAAACAUUAUGAAUGCUCUGAGUGUGGGAAAUGCUUCAUUGAUAGUUCAACCCUCAUCUCACAUCUGCGAAUCCAUACAGGAGAAGCACCCCACACAUGCUCUGAGUAUGGGAAAGGCUUCAAGCGGAGCUCGACCCUGUUUAGACAUCGUAGAAUCCACACAGGAGAGAUGCUCUAUGCUUGCUCUGAGUGUGGGAAAAGCUUCAGUUGGAGCUCAGACCUUAUCGCACAUAGGAGAAUCCACAUGGGUGAGAAACCUUAUGGAUGCUCUGAGUGUGGGAAAAGCUUCAGUUGGAGCUCAAACCUUAUCAGACAUGAGAGAAUCCACACAGGAGAGAAGCCCUACACAUGCUCUGAGUGCAGGAAAAGUUUCAGUCACAUCUCUGCCCUGAUCACACAUCAGAGAAUCCACACAGGGGAGACUCCCUACACAUGCUCUGAGUGUGGGAAAAGCUUCAAUCACAGCUCUAGCCUUAUCACACAUUGUAGAAUCCACACAGGAGAGAUGCCCUACACAUGCUCUGAGUGUGGGAAAUGCUUCAAUAGGAGUUCUACCCUUAUCACACAUCAGAGAAUCCACACAGGAGAGACACCCUACACAUGCUCUGCGUGUGGGAAAAACUUCAGUUGGAGCUCACACCUUAUCCGACAUCAGAGAAUUCACACUGGGGAGACCCCCUACACGUGCUCUGAGUGCGGAAAAAACUUCAAUCAGAGCUCUACCCUUAUCACACAUCAGAGAAUCCACACAGGAGAGACGCCCUACACAUGCUCUGAGUGUGGAAAAAGCUUCAGUUGGAGCUCACACCUUAUCAGACAUCAGAGAAUCCACACAGGGGAGACACCCUACACGUGCUCUGAGUGUGGGAAAAGCUUCAAUCAGAGCUCACACCUUAUCACACAUCGUAGAAUCCACGUGGGAGAGAAACCCUAUACAUGCUCUGAGUGUGGGAAAAGCUUCAAUCAGUGCUCAAGCCUUAUUAGACAUCAGAAAAUCCACAUGAGAGAGAACUGUAAUAAAUCCCUUGACUAGGGCUGGCCAAAUUUUUUUUUUU